AAAAAAUUAUUUAUUCCUGGUCCAAUGCCACAAUACAAGCUCAUAUUGUAAAGUGCAGGUAAUGUUAGUAAAAAUUAAUAAAAUAAAGUGAUUUAAUACUUUUUUAAAAAUAAUUAUAAAUAAAUAAUACAUUUUGUCCAAUUAAUUGUUUUCUUUAAUAUUUUUAAUUUUUGCCUACUGGGUCACUGAAGUUGUGGGCAUUUUUUGGGGAAGAAUUUGAUUAUAGUUUAAUCUACCAAUUUUUUUCUUAUGCGUCUCUAAAUUUUAUAAAUUAAAAAAAAAAUUUACCACCACACAUGCCGUGACAUGCCGUGACAUGCCAUGGCAGCAGGGCCGGCCCUAUGCGAAACGGAUUGCGGGGGGCCCAGUCUGGGCCGCACAGGUUGCAGUGGCCUAAGGCCGGCCCUGAAUGGCAGCCUGCAAUGUUUCUCUUAAACUUAAAAAUGUAAUAAAAAUAAGCUAAGAAAUAGUGUUAUUUUUUAAAAUUCCAUUCCUGUUAAUUUGAUAUUAAUUAGCAGUUUAUUAAUUUUUCAUUGAAUACAAAUUGUAUAAAAUAAAAAGGUACCAAUAAAAAUAUGUUAAAUAUUUAUAUGAAGGCACAUAUUUAAAAGCUUGCCUUUCUUAAAAAAUAAUGGGAUUUGCAUUUUAUUGGUCUCAUAUUCAUUUAUCUAUUGAAGGAGGUCAGGGUGUAUUUAUAGUUUUCACUUUAUUAUAUUGGUGGUGGGUGAUAAGGUUUUAAAAUAUCAAUCUUCUAUUUAGCUCAAGUCUGUUACCUUCUCAAACAACAUGGCUGCUCAGACCAGAGAUACUAUAACUAAUGGACAGCCAACUUCCAUUUUUUUCUGGUUUAAAAUAAGAUGACAUGCACCAAAGAUACUUGCAAUGAUUCCAGAGUCCAUUAGAACAUGAUGUUUCUCAAAAAUAUAUUUAAUACAAUAAGAUCAAUUUUUUUUCAGACCACAAGGGUUAGACUAGAGAUUUUUUUUUUAAAAUGUCAAAAAUAUGUAUCAGAAGAAAAGCUUCUUACUAUCUGUCAAACACAUAGUAUUCACAAUGGUAAAGAAAAAAGUUAAAUAAUUUGCAGUCCUUUAGUUAUAUGAUCUCUGCUCAUAUUUGACUUUAAAAUUGCCUCAUAUGUAUGUUCUAUAUUAUGAAAGCUAUUAUCUUCAAUAAGUUCUGUGUAGCAUUUAAAAUAUAUUUUAAGGAUUGGCUUACCAUAUAAAAUCAAAAUGCAUGCAAACUGCAAUAAAUUAUUAUAUAAUGCACCACAUCGAAUAACUUUCUAACGUAAUUUUUACACUGUGAAUUUUUAAGGCUAAAUAGUAAUUAUUCUACUAUAUAAAGUUGGUUUUUUGGAAGAAAAUUUUAUUUCAAAAUAAUUUUUAAAAAGACUAUUAAUGGGACCAACAUGUUCUAAAUUCACUCAUCUUCUCUGUCUGCACAUGAACACAGCAUGGAGGGAAUAUUGACAAGGACUAAAUAUUUUUUGAAAUGCUUUUUUGCUUAAUACUUUUGUUUUGUAACUGAAAACGUAUCCUCUUUUGAUGUUUUCAUCUUAAUUUUACUUCAAAAGGGAGGUGAUUUUUACAGAACCUGAUGUAAUAUGCUGUCCUUCUUGUUACUCAGACAACAGCUUCAGUGUCAUAAUGAAGGUAUUUAUAUGGAUUAACUCAGCGGUCCUCAAAGUGCGCAGUAUCCCAGGGAAUGUUGAAAAUUUUGGUGGUGCCUAAGAAUUUAUCUUGCACGACUUUUUAAAUUAAAAUUAUAUUUUUACAAAAACAAUGAUAUACUGUUUUUAUUGAUAGCAACAAAUUUAGAGUGCAGCAUAAGCAUCAGACUGAGAUUGCACAAUUUAUUUUCACAUACAAAGAAAAGACCUUUAAUCUAAAUUCAAAUCAGAAGCAUUGGCCAUUACCAAAGAUAGAUUUACACUUUAAGUAGUAAAUGGACUUCAGAAAUGUGCAGAAGAACCAAAUAAGUUUUGCAAUAUCUCUCCUAGUCCAUACUUUGUUAGGCAUUUUGCCAUAGGUUGCACUAGCUUAUAGUAAGAAGGUAAACCUCAUCUAUGGGUGCGCUUUGAUAAAAUUGCUUCCAAGGUAAGAGGAGCUAUUUACCAUAUGCCUUUCAUCAUAUACUCAAAUGUUGGAAUCAAUGUAAGGUUUUCGAGGAGCUGGCUGGCAUGGGACCUCAGUCUUUUUAAUGUAAAGUUUAUGUCUGCAUUUGAGAAAUUAGCAACACUGCGUUGCAUAUAUAUAUGCUUCUGAUCCAAGGGUUUAGGGCAAAGUCAUCAAUAUACAGGAAGUCUCUGAUGAUGUCUGUCAGUACCUUGGAUUUUGCAUGUAGCAAUCUCCUGAGAUUGAAUAGCUUACCAUCAGUUCGAAUUAUGAGACCUAUUCCAAAAUCUCCCUGUCUGAAGGAAUCAGUCAGUAUGGUGGAAAACAUAAGGUUAAAAAGUGUUGGAGCCAGGACACAGCCUUGUUUGAUGCAAUUUGCCACAGGGAAUGGUUUAGACAUCUCCCCAUUUUCAUGAACCCAAGCCUGCAUACCAUCAAUUACUGUAACAUGGAUAUGACCUUUCUCUGGGGCAUCCAUAUUUGGCCAUGUUCUUCCAAAGACCUUCUUUACCAAAGUGUCAAUAGCCUUUUUCAGGUCUGCAUAGGUGGAGAAAAGGUCUUAGUUUGUACUUUUUGUAACAUAUGAAAAUUGGAUCAAUUGUUGUUAUUGCAAAAUAGCCAGAAACAGCAUGAUACCAUCAGGUUGUCAAUAUUUAUUGUUGCUUCAACAAAAAAUAUAUUCUGUUUAGUAACACUAUUGUAAUCGAUUAAGAACUGCAGAGACUAGUUGCUAUUAUAGGUUGUUGCCAAUGGACAAAAAAUAUCAAAUAUCUGAACCAAUCAUUGUGUCCUGUAAUGCCUAAAUCUGGUUGUAAAAUCAUCUGAUUAAACACCCUCAUUCAGUGGUCGAUUGGGGGGGGGGGGGGGAGUAUGGAGAUGGGAAACUCACCCCAUCAAAUAUCUGAACCUAUCAUUGUGUCCUGUAAUGCCUAAAUCUGGUUGUAAAAUCAUCUGAUUAAACACCCUCAUUCAGUGGUCGAUUGGGGGGGGGGGGAGUAUGGAGUAUGGAAACUCACCCCCGAACACAAAUAAUACAUAUUUAUUUGUCUUAGCAAAAUAAAAAGUUCAGGGAGGCUGUUCAGGACUAAAACCCUACUCUUAUUGUUACUGCAGUUAAUUAAAUUUAUGUACACUCUUUUAAUAAAGAACUAUUCUGUUUUGAGAGUAAGGAAUAAUUUGUACGCUAUCUGUUUGAUACUGAGGGUCUUUGGCAUCAAAAGGCAAGGGAUGAUUAACUUUUACAAGCUAUUUGAUAAGGUUGGGGAGCGUUGUUAAAAACACAAAUGCUUCUUUUGGUAAUGACCUAAAAGAAAUCAUGCAUGGGAUUGCUUUUGUAUUAGACAUAUUUAAUUAAACUUAGGUCAAUAAAAUAGAAUUUGCAGAAGCAGGGUAAUGAAAGUCAAUCUAAUUAAAACUAGAUCUUUCUUCCAUAAUUUGGUACCAAAAAAACCCUCCAUUAAAGUGCAAUGCUAGCCAUAUUGACUGUUAGAUUAACUAAAGAAGUUUCCUAAAAAUUAUCGAUCUUAAAAAAGCUGAUGAAUCAAUGGAUAAAAAUUAAAAAUUACUCUAAUACAUGUUAUAUUUGUACAUUUAUUGUGUAGCUACAUUGUCAUGCAAACCAUUAUACUAAGAAUGCUUGUCAUAACAUAAUUAUUAUAAUGAGAUAAGAAAUAGGGCGCUCACAGAUUCUUAAUGACACCAUGUGGGUGGUGGACGGAAAAAGUUUAAGAACCACUGUAUUAAAAUUGUAUUUAAAAUAAAUAAUGGAAUUCUUUACUUGCGUUUAUUUAAUUAAUGCAUUUAUUGAUUCCAUUAAUGAAUUUUUUAGGCUUAUCUGCUCAAUUAUCUUUGAAUAACAGUUGUAAAAAUAAAAAUAAGUAUGACCUGUUAAUAUAUUUUCAUUUUUGUUUUUCAUCUAAUGAUCUUUAAGAGAUAUUUUAUUUUACCCUCCAGCAAAGCUUCUUUAAAACAGGCAAACUUCAGUCAAGAUUACAGAAGCAAGGGAUUCAGGUAAAUUCUUUUAUUAAUAGAAAAUUAGUUUUCUACCUAAAUUUAUAGUGGAUGACUGUUAUUCUCAAAAAUUUUACAUCAGAGGACCACAUUUUCAAAUCACAGUUAACACUCUUCAUCUAAAAGCAUAAUAAUUUAAAUUUAAAAUCUUUACAUGCUGACGAUGAAGUAAUUGAAUAAUUAUCAGUUGUACAAGUUGUUUUUCUGUGCAGCAUAACCAUAAAAAUUUAUGGAUUUUGAAAUAAGAGCAAACUGUUUGUCCUCAAAUUUAUUUGUCGCAAUGACAUCAAAAUAGUAAAUGGAAACUUAUGACAAGUCUCAAAUAACAAAUAUUUAGUGCUAAAAAAUUUAAUUUUAUAAUUGUUAUUUUAAUUUAAAAUAAUUUAUUCCCCUACAUUUAAACUUUUUUUCUCUACAGAUCAGCAAACCUUUUAGAGUUAAUUUCCCUUUAUACCAGUCCUGCCUCAAGUAUACAUUAAUUGCAAGAUUAGCACCAACUUGGAACAAAGCUGGAGAAUGGUUCAUCCAAGGUUUCUUUGUAAAAUGAUUUGCUUUAAAAAGAAUAAAUGUUUGUUUCUAAUUAUUAUACACUCUUCUGCUAAAUAUGAUAAGUUCAUUAACUGCUAAAUUUGGCAGCAAUAGAGUAUGAAUUAAAUAUUUGGUGUAUUUCUAACAUAACAUCUUUAUCAAUAUUUAGAUAUAUUGACGUUUGAUUGAAACGUGUAUUUUGUAAAACAAAUUGAAUUAGUGGUAUGAUUUUUCAAAGGUAAUUUUAUCUCUUUUGAAGGUAGUUAAUUAGUUUAAAUUUUAAUGCAUGUAGGUCUAUAAAUAAUUCAGUUAAAAGCUGCUAAUUAGGCAUUUGCUUAUACUUAUAUCAAUUUAUUUUUUCCGUUUUUUUCCAUCAUAUGCAAAAAAAAAUGAAAUCCCUUAGUGAAAAUAAUGUCUUAUUAGUGAUCUUUUAGAUUUGGUAACUGCUGAGGAAGCACUCUGGCAUAUUCUUAAAAGACUGGGAACAAAAUAAUUUUUAUAUCUUUCUGUCCUAACUUUAAGAAAAGGAAUUCGCUCUGAUCAAGCUUAUCUUAGGUACCUGUGAUGAAGAAUAUGGGUUUUAUCAUCCAAAACGAUAUUGGUUUUACAACAGCAUUUUUCUUCAAAUAGUUCUUCAAGUGAAAAAUGUUUAGUUUGUGUUAUAUAUAUAUAUUAGCUUUCUUGAUGUGUCUAUUUAAUCGGUGUUUGAUGUCAGGCAAUGAAUUCCCACACCAGCAGGUAAUACUGAAGCUUAGUUCACUGUAGAAUAAGGUAAUAACUUGUUUGUUUACACCGCAAUUGUACAGUUUUUUUUAAGGUAGAAAAAGUCUUUGGUUAACUUUUUUUUUAACAGAAUUCAGCAGUGUUCUUGCCAUAUUAAUGGUGACACCUAGGUACUUAUAUGUCUCUACUUGCUCUAUACUGUGUGUUUGUGAGAUCUGCAAUCGGGUGAAUCCCCCUCCGGAAAUUGACAACCAUUUCUAUCAUUUUUGAGACAUUCAACUUAAGAAAAUUUUCAUAGCAGAAACUGAGAAAGCCUGCAACUAUGUUUCAGUAUAAGCUUUCCCCUUCAGAUAUUAAGCCAAAGAUGGUGGUAUCAUCUGCAAAUUUAAUGAUUGGAACAGUGUUGCUUAGGCUCUGGACAUCAUUGGUAUAUAUUGUAUUAUUUGUAUACAGGGUAGGGGAGAGAAAAUAACCUUGUGGCACCCCAGUACUUAUUUCUCAAGUUAAUAUUUGGUCGUUCACUUUGACAUAAAGUGGGCAAUUGGUUAAAAAGUUCUGUAUCCAUGCUUGAAUAUUUGAAUUUACAUCUAAUGAAGAGAGCUUUUUAAUCAUAAGCUAAGGUUGGACAGUGUUAAAUGCUGUGAGAGGUCUAAAAAAAGCACCCUAGCAUAUUUUUAGGGCUGUCUAGAUGAUUCUAAAGUCUUUCAAAUAAUAGUAAGAUGGCAUCCUUGAUACAUCUGGAAGAUUUAUAAGCAAAUCGGUGAGGGUCAAGUUUUUCUGUACGUCAUUUAAAAUUUGUCUGAGGAUAAGUUUCUCAAAACAUUUCAUUACAAUAGAGGUAAGUGCAACAGGACAUUGGUCGUUAUUGCAAGUGACUUUAUUUUUCUUUAGAGUUAAUAUAAUUUCUGAAGAUUUCCACACCUUUUGUAUGGAAUGAGUUUUAUAGGAUUGAUUAAAUAUGUAACAAAAAAAUGUAGGCCAGCUGUUCUGAGUAGAGUUUAACAAGCCAUCCACUUCAUUUGUCUGUCCCUGAGGCCUUGGCUACAUUCACUUGUUUAAAUAUUGACAUCAUGUCCUUUUCAGUGAACAAUAUUUGAUCAUCCUGUGUAAUACUGCUAUUGCUAAAUUUUAAAUUAAGGUCACAUAUAAGACUUGAUUCUAGCAGUCGACAUGAAAGCCUACACCCUAAAAUUCAUUCUCUGCUGCAAUUUUUGAAAGCUGAAUUCAUUGUGUAGGAUUGAGAGGUGUACUGAGGACUAAUAGUAAUAUGUGAAAAAAAACUAAAAUGUGCCCCUAUCAAGCUUGGGAAACCUAUUUUUAUAUAAAUAAGAUUUACCAUAUACCAGUAAAGACAAGUAACCAGAUUCGAUUGCAGUAUUUUAACUUAUUCAGUACAUGUAAACUAACUUGUAGGCUAAAACGAAAUUGUUUUUAAAAAGGGAUACCAUAUACAAAGUCUUUUUCUAUCUCGCCAUUUUAGAGCCACCCCUUUAAGUAAUUCCCUCAACAUGUGCCGUAUCUUGCCACACCUUCAGUAAGCUACUCGUCUGAUUUUAAAAGUACAUAUCUUAUGAGUAUUUUUUUAACUACUAAUUGAUUUUUUUUCAACUGCACAGGCAGAGACUUUUUAGUCCAUGAUGGUUACAGUAAUGCUAUAAGUAAGUAUUUAAAUUUGUGUGCACUUUUAUAACCCUCAAAGAAAAUUAUUAAAAUAAUUUUUGUUGGAUUUUAAAAUUUAAUUAAAAUUGAACAUUCUUUUAUCCUAGAGAUGGAUCUUUGCGUAAAUAAAGAUGAACUCUUAGUAUCCUUAACUGGGACAGCUAUACGAUUUCCUCCUUUACAAGUAUGUUUACUUCUUAAGUUUAAACAAAUGUGUAUUAAAAAUAAAAAUGCAUAAUUUUAUUCCUUAUUCGAAUCUGAAACUUUUAUACCACUCAUUAAUGAAUUUGUAUUAUAUUGUUUCUAAUUCUAAAAUGGAACCCUUUGUUUUCAAGAUUGAGGAUUUGAACCUAAGCAAACAAGAAAUGAUGAAUAUUUUAAAAGCUACUGAAGGAGAAACUGAUUUUGCAGGAUGCUUUUGCCAUGUUUUACCAAGGUAUGAGUAUGUGUCAAAGUAUAAAUGUAUAUUUUACAAGAAGCCCUGUUUGAACACGGAAAGUGCGAUUAAACCCAAAUUUUUUUUUAAAAGUGCAAUUUUUUUAGUUAUACAACUGUUUAUGUGCAAUUAUUAGACAACUUACAAAUUAUUUGUCAUAGCUAGUCAACAAAAGUUAUUGUAAUAAUGUGAAUAGCAUGAAUCGAGGACGAAUUUCAUCAGUGUCUCUGACCAUUUCAAGAUCAAGUCCAUUUUCAUCAUAUAAAGAUCUAAAGCGACAUUGGAAAAACAUGGUGACUAUUUGGCAUUCUUUUCAAUUAGUUUCCACUUCUUUUAUAUAUUGAAUUGUUUCAGUUUACUUGUUUUAUGUAUAGGCCUACCAGUACCAAGAAAUGCCCUUUUAAACAAAUUGUAAUUCCUAAAAAUAGAUGCAUCAGCAUUUUGUUUAAACUACUCCAAUAAUCCUAGAUUUUUUAGAUUUACAUUAGGGUUUGGGAAUCAGAACUUAAUCUGUGUAAGAACCCUUUUCAAGUUUCAAAUCGUUCAAAUUCCAUGACAAUUUAUAUCCUUUUAGAAAUAAUAGAAACUUGAUCAUCAGUUCCCGAGUCCCACAAACACUAUGGAUCCCAGUACUUUUCUUUAAGUUGUCUAACCACCCCUACUGGCUUUAAACUCCUUCUUCGAGCAUUAGUAUCAGGCAUGCCUUUUACUAAAUCAUCGUGGACAACCUUGGCUUUCUCACAAAUUAACAUCUUAGAAAUAAGAUCCCCAGUCAGCUGUUUUUUAUUAAACCAUUGCAUCCAUACUUUUCGAUCUGCUUGAGUUCAGUAUUGUAACCCCUUUCACCAAAUCAGCUGCUUUGAUGGCUUUUUUAUUUUUCAAAAUCGUUCAAAAAUUCAACUUAGGCAUCCCGAACAUAGUAACAAGAUCAGCAACAUGUGUACCGCUUUCAUCCUUAGCGAUAAGAUAUUUCUUAACUUCAAUUGUAGCUCUUACAGCUGUCUUCUAACUCUUAUUAUUUUUCUCACUUCAUUUCUUAGAAACCCAUGGCGAAGACACUAAGUUUUUGUUAUGUAAAAGCAUAAAAUUAGUAGUAAAAAUCACACAAGAUGCUUUCUCUACAGCAUCCAACUACAUCCCUAGCACUGGGGAAAUGUAUGUACAAUAAACACAAAAAUUGCAGGGCAUUUGAAGGCCGAAGUAGCUUCAGAUUUUGAACGUAAAUUUGUUACAAAUAUUGGUUUGGAUUCCAAGUUGUUUAAGUUCUAGGGAGCUUGGUUUCUGAGGCCCUACUGUAAUUUAGAAGCUAAUUAUGUUAAUAAAGAAUUCAUAAUUAUGCUCAAUGUUUAACCUAAAUUUCAAAUGUUUAACUAGUAAUAAAUAUAUGUUUAUUGCAUUUUAACACUAAGACAUGAUGGUUGCGGAUAUAAAAUAAUAAUUCAAAUAUAAUCUGAAAGAAGAUUAACUAGAUUAUUGCUACAUGUGUAUGUCACAACUAUUUUAAAUAUUUUUGCAUUGUUUUUAUUUUUUAAGUCUACACGAUUUCCCCGUGCGUGAACUUGGCUUUGACCUAAAUUAGAUCCCUAGCAGACGGUAGCGUUUGUUGUGGGCGUGGUUUAAAUUCUCUUUGAUGUAUCUUGUUUACAACUGACGGCCAAUUACACAUUGGUUAGUAUGCCUACUAGUGUCUUAUCGAAGGUUCUCGAUUUGUUCUGGAAAAGUAAAGGCGUCUGUAGACCCACAUAUAUAAAUGAUUGACAGGCACAGAGGGUCGGAGAUUCAGAUGGAGAUUCAGAUCAGAUAUUAUUAACUUUACGAGGCGUGUAUUAUUCUUUGUGUAUUUGUGUGCCCAUAUGUGUUUAUUUCGCAUUUCAUCAUUAUUCAUUGGCACAUUAUACUAACUGUGUUAACUGUGUACCUGUACAAGAUCUACCAUACUGUAAGUUGAUGAUUUAUAAUUAUAUUUCUUUUGUUUUGUUAUUGUAUUAAUACUUAAUAAAUCUUAUUAAUUGUGGCUAGCAACUGUUUUGGGUGUCGUAUCUUUAAUAUUGUUGACUCUAUGGUAUCGUCCUUUGUUAGGCACUGUUUACAACGAGCCAAUAAAAUUAAAAAAGGAGAUUAAUUUCUCAUAUUAGAAGCCAGUGCUUAACAAUUGGGUUGAUCCUCCGGGAUAUAGCGGACUCCAUAUUAUUAUUUCUCUCAAGUACCCAAUUUUAACAAUUGGCGUAGCUCGUCCGCUAUAACCGAAUCCAUAUUUUAUUCUCAUUGGUCCCCAAUUUUAACAGUAUGUUUUCUUUUCCCAUGACUAUAUGCAUAGCACAUCAAAAUUAAUUAUUUCCCUAAUUUAUUGUGAACUGUGGUUAUUUUUGGAAAUUCUAGUAUGGUUACAGACUCCCUGAGACAGAUGAAGAUGUUUUGUACUGUCAAGUAGGAUUCCUCACAUCAAGUUGUGGAAAGCAAUUUAUGUAUACUUAAUAGAAUUUCUGUGACAAGAUUGAGUGUAAGCUGUAUAUUAUAUUUUGGUAUAAAUUAUAAUGCAAGAAAGGAAUACUCCAUCAAAAAUGAAACUUAACUCAUCACAAGAUAUCCAAAUAUAUGUCUAAGAUCAGGCCCUCUACAAGUUAUUCCAAGAGUGGACCCAAAACCAAUUCUAACCAUCUUUCUGCAAGACAUCCAUAGCAGAAUGACAUCAGUUUGUGGUACAUCUCUCAGGUUUCAACCUAAGAUUCGCUUUGCUGCACUAUCUUUACAUCGUGCAGGACAGGUCAUUAUAUGUUUUAACUUUCAACAAAUUGUAUGGGAUUUAUUUUAAUGUAUAGUAAGUGCUUUAACUUCACUAAAUAUGAGACAAAGAAAUAGUAAUACAGUCAUGCAUUUCUGUGACAAAGCUGUUAAAAUGAUCCACUUUUUUUCUUCUUCUAGACAUGUGUCAAAAAUGGCAUCAGCCUAGCAAGCAAACCUCAAAACAAAGUCACUAGUAAUUUUCGGAAUGUCAAAAACAUGCUUUUAGUUAACCGUGGUUCUGAGAGUGAUAAGAAAACUAUGCAAGAGAGACUUUGUGGAAGUAAAAGCUUUUCCAUGGAAAGUCCAAUAAACCAAACAACAGUUUUAUUGAAUUACAUGUGGGAAAAACAAGAAAAGUCCUUUUCA